GCACACACAGGCCAGCGUCCCAGCAGCGAGGAGCGGCCAGAGACGAGACUCAGCCAGGUGGCAUCGCAGUCCGGGCAAGCCUCUCGGCUUCCCAGGUCCCUUUACCGCCGACUAGCCGCGAUGGCCCAGCGUGUGUUUCUCCCUGCAGGAUGGGCCAAUUGGGGAUCGCCGUGCUGGCUGCACUCAUGUCCUCCCUUCCUUGCUGGCUGGGCGCCCCCUGCCCACCCGUGCCCACCCCCAGCAACAUCACACAAUUCGUCUGCACCUCCCCGUCCCUCAGCAGCUUCCCCACCGGCUUCCCCAAGGAGACGCUGAUGAUCUCCGUGGAGUUCACCAACCUCUCCAGCAUCGGCCCCGAUGCCCUGCAGCAGCUCCCCAAGCUCCGAGAGCUGCACCUCUCCAGCAAUCAGCUGAGGAGCCUCCCCGGCAGCCUCUUCCGGGAUCUGCCAGCGCUGCGGGUCUUGGAUCUCACCAACAACCUCCUGGAAGAUCUGCCCCCAGAGAUCGUCGACUCCUACAGCCCUCUGCAGCACCUGGUUCUGAAGGGGAACAGGCUGGCGGCCUUGGAGCCAGCGUGGUUCCAGACGCUGGGGGAGCUGGAGUGGUUAGAUGUGUCCAAUAACCGGCUGCAGGCCCUGCCUCCAAACUGCUUCCAGAACCUGAGCAGCCUGAAAAUCCUUGACCUGUCCAAUAACCAGCUGGACAGGCUGGCCCCGGAGCUGCUGGCCGGCCUGCCCAGCCUGGAGAGGUUAAACCUGGAAGGCAACCGGCUCCACUCCAUUGUCGAGCACACCUUCGACCUGGUGCCACGCCUCAGUCACCUCUUCCUCCAGCACAACCACCUGAGCUCGCUGCCUGGGCAGCUUUUCCGGGCGCUGGGCCAGCUGGGCCACCUGGAUCUCUCCAACAACAGCCUGAGCUCGCUGGCCCCCUGCUUCUCGGAGCAGAACCUGACGCUGGAGCUGGAUCUGUCCGGGAACCCGUGGGCGUGUGACUGCGCCAUGCUCUCCUUCAUGCAGUGGGUGACGGGCCGCUCAGUCGGCCUGUACACCCCACAGCACACCCUCUGCGAGACCCCCGAGAACCUCAAGGGCCAGACGGUAGCAGCCGCGACCAAGGACAAGCUCACGGCUUCCUGUUCAGCUGCACCAGCAGAGCGCCCGAGCCCCUGCGGCCUCCCUCGGGGCCAGGCUUCCUAAGCUGAGCGUGGCUGACCCAGGUGGCAACGCCCAGCUCCGGUGGGCAGCUAGACACGGUGAGAGCUGCGGGCACUGCCAUCUUCAACCCCCCACCCCGCCACUGGGCCCCCGGGGCAGGGUGACGUUGGUGCCUUCCUUACCAGGGAAUCCCAGCAGCGCCCACCACCCUUCCCAUAGGACUGGCCUUUCCAGCUCACCCCCCAGGUCACUGAUCAACACCUGCCCAGCUGCAGCAGGAAGGAUCAGGCCCACCCACAGGGAAGCCCAUGGCUGCACAGCAUUUCCCAGGAGGAGAACCCCCCCACCCCCACUCCUCCAUGCCCUCCUGCCUGAUCCUUUCAGCCCCUCACCCCUACAAUGCCUCAGAGACAGGAGCUUCCACGCGCCUCCCCCCAGGCAGCUCCCUUGCGCAGUGUGGGAUGGUCUCCACUAAGCACCCAACAGCUCCCGCUUCCCCUACCAGGAAACCCCUCCCUAGAAAAAAGCCCAGACGUCUCUUUGGAUACUCUCGUCCACCUGGGAUUUGUCCUUAUUCAUGCCCCAGCUUCCGAGCCUGGCACCCAAAUCCCCUGCCUGGCACCGAGUAACCUUGGAGGCAUCAAGGAGCCUAAAUUGUGGGGUUUGGGGGGGCUCCGGGAAGUUGGUUUUAUAGGAAACAGCAUGGGCUGGAGUUAAGUUCUGCAAGGGGUUGGCUUGCAAGGUUCCCACCCCAUCGCAAACAUAGCACCGUUCUGCAAUCAGCAACACGUA